ACCAGAGGAGGAGCCGCUCUGAGCAUCCUUGCAAAGAGGGCAGCUCUGUGUUUUUUUUGCGCCUGCCUCUCUUUCUCUCUCUCUCCAGCAUCCUCUCCUUCUCCCUGGGCAUCCUUCUUGGGGGGAGACGAUCCGAAGAUCAGCCCCCUAAUUCCUCACUCUGCCCCCUCUCUGGCUUCUUAGCGGGCUCCCUUGCCAGGAUCUGACCCCCCCCCUUUUUGAAGCCCCCCACCCACCAUGGCCGUCGAAAAGGAGAAGAAGACCUGCGGGCAAGUCAUGACGGAGUGGAAGGAAUUUAUCUGGAACCCGCGCACGCAUCAGUUUAUGGGGCGCACCGGGAGCAGCUGGGCUCUGAUCCUGCUGUUCUACUUUGUCUUCUACGGCUUCCUCACGGCCCUCUUCACCCUCACGAUGUGGGUGAUGCUGCAGACGGUGGACCAGUUCAACCCCAAAUACCAGGACCGCCUCUCCAUCCCAGGAGUGAUGAUUCGCCCAAAGACGGACGCUCUGGAAAUCACUUACAACAUGAGCCAGACUGAAUCCUGGGAGGAUUAUGUGAGGAUGCUAAAUAAGUUUUUGGAGGCUUAUGACAACGCCAAGCAAGUGGCCAGCAACCGGGACUGUAUCCCGGGGCAGUACAACGAGCAGGUGGACAACGGGGUGCUGAACUACCCGAAGACGGCGUGCCAGUUCAACCGCACCAUGCUGGGCGAAUGCUCGGGCCUCAACGACACCACUUACGGGUACCGGGACGGGAGGCCCUGCAUCAUCGUCAAGAUGAACCGGGUCAUCAAGUUCUACGCAGGAGACGGCAAGCCAAUCAAUGUCUCUUGCACGUCAAAGAAAGAGGAGGAUGCCCAGAAACUGGGGGAGAUAGCAAUGUUCCCUCCCAAUGGAAACAUGGACCUAAUGUACUUUCCUUACUAUGGCAAAAAAAUCCACGUGAACUACACGCAGCCUGUCGUGGCUGUGAAAUUCCUCAACCUCACCUUCAACUACGACCACCACAUCGAGUGCAGGGUCAACGCCGCCAACGUCAACACGAACGACGAGCGGGACAAGUUUGCUGGCCGCGUGGCUUUCAAGAUCCGGGUCAACAAAGAAUGAGGUCCCCCGCCCCCCUCCUCGGUCCGUCCUCCCCCUCCGCCCAUCCCCUUGCACCCCAGCACCCUAAAAAAGAAAAGAAAAAAGGAAGCUAACUCUUUUCUUCCAUGCUCAGAACAAGGUGGCGCAUUGAUGUUGAAGGAAGAGCAAGGCGGUUGUGGGGCGCAGGAGGGGUGGCGACCCCACUGCUGCUCAUCCUUUAGGGUCGCUAACCAUCGCUGUUAGACAAUCCCGGCUCCCUGAACCCCAAAAUCGAAGGCUUUGCUUCUUCCACCUGCACCCCUUCAUCUGGCCCGCAUUUCUCCCCUUUACCCCUCUCGAAAUAUUUGCGAAUGCUGCUUUGGCUCGUUCUAACGACAUUUCCCGCUUUCUCCCCCUUCUCGCCCCACAUAUGUGGGGAGCUCAGAGGCUGUGAUACCCCCACCCCAACCCCCCAAGCCCAGGACCCACGAAACUGCCCCCCCUUCUGCCUUUCCCUUCCCGGAGAUAUUUCCUAAUAUAAUAAUAAAUGUAUAUAGAUAUUUUUUAUAUAUAUUAAAAAUUAAGGUACUGCUGAGUCCUCUGUAUUUUCAUCCUUUUCCAGAGCUCUUUUCCUUCCCCCUCCUCUUCCCCCUCGCCAUCUUUUCUACCGGUUUCGCUCCUGCCACAAAACCCUUGUUAUGAAAAUGGCUCGGGGGGCUCCUUGGCCCUGGGAAAGGAGCGCAGGGCCAUCUUGGUUCCUCGGGGUCCCAACUGGGGGGAAUUGCUGUGGUUUUGGGGCCUACGGCUGUUGGCCGCUGGGAAGCCAUUUUGUCUCGAAAGCUUCUGGCUGCCGUUAACUGCGCGAAAGAACGUCAAAAUACGCGUUAAAACAUGGGUGGUUUUUUGGGGUGUGUGUGUUGCUGCGCUCUCUAAAUACACUUAAUGAAGGAUUAAACCCAAUUGUUUGCGCAGAAUGUCGGCCACCCAGCGAAACGGCUGCACUCUCUUCCUUUUGCAUGAUGGGACAAAAUGGCCGCCGCUCUUGGGUUUUGGAUGGCAGCCAUUUUGCUGCUGGCCGGUUCUUCGUCAGUAAAUCAGUAAACCCUUAUUCCUGGGUUUUUAGAAAGCGCAGAAUCUGUGGCAACCAUCCAAAACGGCUGCAGGGGUUGAAGCAUCUCUGUUCCCCCCCCAACCCUACUACUUUUGACUUCUGUGUGGCAAUAGCUUGCCAUCUCUCUCUUGACUUGCAAGCAGCUUUGUAAAAAAUAAAAUGGCAGACAAAAGGCUUCUUUUGGGCAUGGGCGGCUGUUCUGAUUCCCUCGCAGAGGAAACGGUUGCGGCGACUGUGAAAAACGCAGCUUGUCAGUCUUAAUUGUCUCACCCGGCCAUCCCUCUCUCUCUCUUUUUCCUCUCUCUCUUUUCUUCUAAAUAGGAUCUACUCUGACCCUGUUCGUCCUUUAGUGUACAGUUGUUUUAAUCUGUUAUAAUAGUGGCACAUUGCACUAAGAUGAUGAUAGAAAAGAAAUUUAAAAACAAAACCACUGGUUCUGCCAUAGUUGAGGGGGGAAUAUUGACCGAACCCAAUAAUGCCUCUUUAGUCGUCACUUUAAAUUAACCGAUGGGAGUUUUUUUAUUUUAUUUUUGUUUUCUCUAGAAGAUUCUUGCUUGCCUCUUCUCUCACUUCCUGUUAAUAUUUGUUGGAAGAACAGAAGCGUCGUUUUAAAACGAAAGCGAACUUUAAUUUUUGGGCAAUGGGUGUUUUUUUAAAAAAAAACUCCCUUGCUUCUUAUUUUUCAAUAGUUAUUAAAUUUCACCCCUUUACCUCUUUAAGGCUUGCAUCGAAGUCGAUUAUUAUGUGUAUGAAUGGAAGACAUAACUUAAAAAUUCUUUGGCUUUUUAACUCUUUUAUUUUUAUCUUUGUUUUUAUUUGCAGAAUUAUUUAAUUGCCUGUAUCAGAUUUACUGUAAAGAUGAGAAAUAAAUAAAUUUAAAAAACUUU